AUUGCUCAUGGUUUGCUUGGGGGUUGCAAUGCACAGGGGUUGCAAUGCUCAGGGGUUGCAAUGCACAGGGGUUGCAUUGCUCAUGAUUUGCUUGGGGGUUGCAUAGCUCAGGGGUUGCAAUGCACUGGGAUUGCUUGGGGGUCGCAAUGCACAGGGGUUGCAUUGCUCAGGGGUUGCAAUGCACAGGGUUUGCUUGGGGGUUGCAUUGCUCAGGAGUUGCAAUGCACAAGGAUUGCAUUGCUCAAGGGUUGCAGUGCACAGGGGUUGCUUGGGGGUUGCAUUGCUCAAGGGUUGCAAUGCACACAUGUUGCAUUGCUCACGGUUUGCCUGGGGGUUGCAAUGCUCGGGUUGCAAUGCUCAGGAGUUGCAUUGCUCAUGGUUUGCUUGGGGGUUUGCAAUGCACAGGGCUUGCAUUACUCAGGGCUUGCAUUGCUCAGGGCUUGCAUUGCUCAGGGCUUGCAUUGCUUUUCCUUUCUGUUGCAGGCAUGGCAGCGGGCUUGCAAGGGCAGAGCGUGUCGUCGGGGAGCUCGGAGAUCAAAUCGGACGAUGAAGGCGACGAGAACUUGCAAGAGUCCAAGUGCAGCGAGGAGAAGAAGCUGGAGGAGGACAAGAAGGAGCUGAAAUCAAUUACUAGCAAUAACGACGACGAGGACCUGACCCCGGAGCAGAAAGCGGAGCGGGAGAAGGAGCGGCGCAUGGCCAACAACGCCCGCGAGCGCCUGCGGGUGCGCGACAUCAACGAGGCCUUCAAGGAGCUGGGCCGCAUGGUGCAGCUGCACCUGAAGAGCGACAAGCCGCAGACCAAGCUGCUCAUCUUGCACCAGGCCGUGGCCGUCAUCCUCAGCUUGGAGCAGCAAGUGCGGGGUGAGCAAAAGGGGACGGGGUUGGGGGGGGGGGUGGUUGCGCGUGGAAUGGGAAAGGGGGGUGCAAAUGGGGGUGCAAUGCAAAGGGGCUUGCAAUUGCACGUGCAAAAGGGUUUGCAGUUGCACGUGCAAAGGGGUUUGCAGUUGCACGUGCAAAGGGGUUUGCAAUUGCACAUUGAAAAGGGCUUGCAAUUGCACACGCAAAGCAAAAGGGAUUGCAAUUGAGCGUGCAAUGCAAAAGAGGUUUGCAGUUGCACAUGCAAGGGGGAUUGCAAUUGCACGUGCAUUGCAAAGGGGAUUGCGAAUGGGGUUCCAAGCAAAAGGGAUUGCAAUUGCACAUGCAAAGGGGUUUGCAAAUAUACAUGCAAAGCAAAAGGGAUUGCAUUUGCACAUGCAAUGGAAAGGACUUUGCAAAGCAGCGAUGCAAAGGUGUUUGCAAUUGCACAUGCAAAGCGAAACUGAUUGCCAAUGGGCAUGCAAUGCAAAGGGGCUUGCAAUUGCACAUGCAAAGUAAAAGAGGUUUGCAGUUACACAUGCAAAGCAAAAGAGGUUUGCAAUUGCACAUGCAAUGUAAAGGGGAUUGCAAAGCAGCAAUGCAAAGUGGUUUGCAGUUGCACGUGCAAAGGAGUUUGCAGUUGCACAUGCAAAAGGGCUUGCAAAGCAGCAAUUCAAAGGGGUUUGUAAUUGCACGUGCAAAGCAAAGGGGUUUGCAAUUGCACGUGCAAAGCAAAAGGGAUUGCAAUUGCACGUGCAAUGCAAAGGGGAUUGCAAAGCAGCAAUGCAAAGGGGUUUGCAAUUGCACAUGCAAAGUAAGGGGAUUGCAAAGCAGCAAUGCAAAGCGGUUUGCAAAGCAGUAAUGCAAAGAGCUUUGCAAUUGCACAUGCAAAGUAAAGGGGAUUGCAAAGCAGCAAUGCAGAGGGGAUUGCAAUUGCACGUGCAAUGCAAAGGGGAUUGCAAAGCAGCAAUGCCAAGUGGUUUGCAGCUGCAUGUGCAAAGUAAAGGGGAUUGCAAAGCAGCAAUGCAGAGGGG